GUUUUCAUUCUAUAUAUUAAAACAUAUAUUUAAACAAUAAAAUCAUAAAAAAAUAAUUCAUUUCUGUUGUUUUAAAUUCAAAUAAAAAAUAAUUAAAAUUGUACUCUAUUAAGUUCUAUAAAUACAACAUUUUAUCAGCUUAAACCCGAAAACAAAAACAGCAUGAAAACCUCACCUCAUAAAAGAGAAAACAAUGAAGUACAGGCCGCCAGAGGCAGAUUGCGUGGAGCUUUAAAUGAUUCCUUGCAAAAUCAAGAGGUGGACGAUAUACCCGAAGACUAUGAGGAAGAGGAGGAAGAUGAAGAGGAACAACAACAAAUUAUACCACAUCGUCAACGUGGUAGACCAAAGAAAAUACAGAGCUCAGCAGAUAGGCUGUCACCUUCUGCCGGAUUUCUAACACCUAGUAAAAGACGAAAGAGAGAACAUCAUCAGGCUGGCGGUUCAGGCGGACAAAAAAUACAGGCUGAAAGUUUUGUUAUGAAACUUUUCGAUCGUAGUUUAGAUUUAUCCAAAUAUUCUGAACAAACUUCACUCUAUCCUAUAUGUCGGGCAUGGAUGGCAAAUCAACCACGUAAUCCCAGCAUACGUAGUUAUCGUGAUGCUAGAUCACCUUCACCCACAGAACGCAAAGAUAAUGGUUUGGAAUUAUUGGCAAAAUUACGCAAAGGUGAUAUGCGUGAUGUAUGCAGCAUGCCAAAACCCAAAAAGACUGAUGUCCCCAAAAUACCCUCACCCACAGUGGAGCCCAAAAAAUAUAAUAAAUCAGAGGAACUAGUUGCUGACGAUAAUGAGUUGAAAGAUGGCUCUAAGGAGGAGCUGUUAGCACAGCACUUGGGCAAAUGGAAAAAAGUUAAAAGCGAUUGGCAAAAACACACCAAAAUCUAUCAGAAACGACAUGAAGUUAGUUAUCAAAUCUUGGAGUUGCUGUUUAAACCUUAGAAAGGACAGAAGGAGAAAUAUUGAGAAAUACAUUUAUGAAUAAAAAUAAGAUUUUUUAUGUUAAAAAAAAACGUAGAUUCAUUUGAAAUGUUCCAAGAAGUAAAUUUUUUUGUGUUUAAGCUAUGUAAAACAAUAGAGGGCUAAAUAAUAGCAAAGUUUGCUAUUUCGUUUGUAAUAAAAAAAAAAAACAAGAAAAUAUGUUCUAUAAAAGAGAUGGAUUUUGUAAUGAAAAUAUAAAAAAUUUCGGAUUAUAACUUUAGAGGGAAUACAGACAGCGAAAUGAGAAAAAGUCCAGUAGCUUUUGCUGAAGACAAUUUGCUAUUCUCCAAAUAAAAAUGUUGAAGGACCUGAGGCUAGAAAAUAAUCUAAAGAAUAAAACGGGAUAUUAAUUCAAAAUGUAAAUGUUAAACAUUUGGAAAAAGAGUUUUCUGUUAAAUAGGAAUAUCACUGCUGUUCUCAAUUCUCAAGAAAGGACCGAUUUAGCUCCACUAAUCUAUCGUUAUCAACCGCUAAAUUUCCGUUAGUAAAAUAAAUUGCGAAUCUCUGUAUUAUAUUUGUAAUUUAUAUCUGACAGUAUUGGGAGCAGACCAAAUAAAUAAUUUAU